AUGCCGCCCCGCCGCCCGCCCGCCAUGGAUCCGGCCACGGCCGCGGCCGCAGCGCACGCCGCCGCCCCAUGCGCCGUUGCCCCAUCCACCGCAGCUCCGACCUGCCGCAGCUCCGCCCGGCCCCGGCCUGCCCGCCGUAGCUCCGACCCGCCCUGGCUCCGUCCGCCCCCGCCCCGCACGCCGCCGCCGCGCCGCAGCUCCGCCCCGCCCGGCUCCGUCCGCCACCGCCCCGGCCGCACGCCGCCGCCGCUCCACCGCUCUCCGAUGGCGCCGAAGAAGACGCCGAAGGGCAAGUCGGGCUUCUUCGGCGUGAGGCAGAAGCCCUCCGGUAACUUCGGAGUGGAGUUCUCCGACGCCGGGAGGCAUUGGUGGAUCGGCACGUACCCCUCCGCCCACGAGGCCGCGCGUGCCUACGACGUGGCGGUGUGGCAUGCCGAGAGGCCUCGGGAGCACCUCAACUUCCCAGAGAUCAAGAGUCGGGUGGAAGCGGAGAUGCUUGUGCCGCAGGGCAUCAAGAUGAAGGAGAUCCCGAUGAAGAAGAAGACGACGAAGAAGCCGUCGGUUGUCGUCAGUGCCGGCGAGACCGACGAGGAGGCGAUGGUGAGGUUUGCUCGGGAGCAUCCGGAGUACGUCCAGGCCGAGCUGGAGUACUACUGGAAGCGUGAGGCAGAGCAGAAGAAGAAGGAGGACGAGGCCGGUCCCUCGACGGUGAUCCCCAUCGAGUCCUCUUCCGAGGAGGACUGGGCAGACUUCUCGGAGGAGGAGGAGGAGGGGUGCGACAACCCAGAGAAGGACGAGUUAUGGGCGCAGUUCCGCAACUCCGGCGAUGAGGAGUAG